AAUUUGGAUAGGAAAUAACAGUAUUAUUGUUAAUAGAGUAGGUCCUUUAAUACUGCUUGAUGAUAAUCUUGGUAAAUCAGCCAUUGAUAACUGAAGAUAAUCAUCAUCAGUUUUGAGUAAUACUGAUGUUUACGAAUAAGUAUAAAGUAUUUGUGUUCCAAUUCCAUAACUAUGUACUUUACAAAACGGACAAGCAUUAUAACUAUUGAAUUGAACUAUAUUGCAACUAUGAGCGAGUACCGGUAAAUCAAAUGUGAUCAGUUGUACUUGAAUAUUAAAUUUAAUCUUUGUAUUAUCAUUUAAUUUUAUUAUAACUCCAUUUUUAUAUCAAUAUUGAAUUUGUUUAACAAUAUUAUUCCAUAACAGUUCUCUAUUUGGAUGAGUUCCGCCUAACCAAGCAGCAAAUACCAUGACAGCACUUACGUAAUCUCUGACAGAAGGAAGAAUUGCAAGAAUUGUGACUUGAACUGGUCAUAGUGAUUUUCUACAUAUUUUAGUCACAGAUGCCCCAUCCAUAUGCAACAUUAUAGUUAACUUUCUCUGAUUUUUGUUCCCUAAACAUUUAUAUAUAGAACCAUUUGGUACAUCACAUGGUAAAAUAUCAUGUAAACAAAUAGAAUACUCAUUAAUUAAACUUAUAUAUCGUUUGGCUGUUGAGCAAAUUUCAUCUUUAAUAUCAUUUAUUACUAAUUCAAUAACAUUCAUAAAUGGACGCCUUUUAUUAUUCAAUGGACAUUCAUCAGUACAUACAACCUGUUCAAAAGUUUUUAAACGGGAUAAACAUUCACGACAAUAA